CCACUUGAAAUGUAUUUGCAACAGUAGUUUCCACAUGUUUUUGAAACAGAAUAGUUAGUUUCUCAUACAUUUUUACAUUUCCACGCAGCUGGUAACAUGGGGCCUGCCAAAAGGACAAAUAGCAAAAGGCGGCCGAGUUUCCGCAAGCUGCUUAAAACCAGCAAUGUGAAGCUGAGCAACAAGCAGAAGACCAAGCAGUUCAGGCAGGAGAAUGCAGCCAAGAAGCAGCGCAAAGAGCAGCGCAAGCUCCGGCAAGCCAUCAGCGACGUGGGCUCCAAGGACCCCAAGCCUCUGGAACGCUACCACAAGAAGCCAGAGGAGGAGUUGGAUGAUGAGGAGGAGUUUCUGGAGGCGCUGCCUACAGACAUGAUGGAGGAGGACGACCUGGAGGAGAUCAGAGCGAUGGCACAGAGGGCCUCCUUCAUCACCAGAGACCUGUCAUCAUGUGCUCCAGUGCAUGCUAAGAAGCGUAAGGGAGGCCAGCUGCAGGCGUAUGAGAAGACUCCUCGUAAGAUGCGGAAGGGAGACGAGGAGAAGGAGCUGAUCCACCUGCUGCCCAUCAAGGACAAGACACGACUCAUACCGCAGAGCAUGGAGAAACCAGCAAAACCCGAAGAGCUGGAGGACGAUGAUGGUGAAUCAGAAGAGGAAGCGGAACAAGAUGAGGAGAUGUUUGUAGGUCCGUCGUUGAGUGCUGAGGAGCAUCUGGAGAUGAGAGCGGAGAAGCUGACGGAGAGGAAGGAGCGCAUUGCCAGGCUGGGAUCCGCUAUCCUGGCAGACCCCCACGCUAAUAUUAAGAGGGUGAAGGAGAUGAGGGCCAUGCUGAUGGAGACGGACCCCAGUGUCGCGGUGACGGUGCGCAAGCUGGUGAUGGUGUCCCUCAUGGAGGUCUUCAAGGACAUCGUGCCCUCGUACCGCAUACGACCUCUAACUCAGGAGGAGAAGGCAGCCAAGGUGAAGAAGGAUACUCAGCAGCUGCGUGAGUUUGAGGAGGGCCUGGUCAGCCAGUACAAGUUCUACCUGGAGAACCUGGAGCAGGUCGUCAAAGACUGGAAGCAGCGUAAGCACAAGGCGAGUGAGGCGGUGUCUCUGGACUGCUACGCGGGGCUGGCGGAGGUUGCGAUUCGCUGCAUGUGUGAGCUGAUGGUGGCGCUGCCGCACUUCAACUUCCACAACAACAUACUCGUCAUGGUGGUGCCGCACAUGAACGACCCCGCACGCAAGGUGAGUGAGAUGUGUUGUGAGGCGGUGCGGAGGCUGCUGAAGCAGGACAAGAUGGGGGAGGCCUCUCUGGGACUCGUCAAGGUCAUCUCCGGCAUCAUCAAGAGCAGAAACUACAACGUCAAGCCAGAGGUGUUGCGGACUCUGUUGUGUCUGCGUAUUAAGGAGGUGGAGGUGAAGAAGGAUGCGGAGGACCUGAAACAAAAACCAAAGAUCAUGAAGUACCAGGACAAGAAGAAGAACCUCUCACGCAUGCAGAGGAAGUGGAAGAAAGCUGAGGAGAAGCUCCAGAAAGAGCUGCUGGAGGCCGACGCCUGCGAGAGCAAAGAGAAGAAACUCAAACUGCACACGGAGACGCUGAACAUCGUCUUCCUGAUCUACUUCAGAAUCCUCAAGAAGGCCCAGAAGUCAGUUCUGCUCCCCGCGGUCCUGGAGGGGCUGGCAAAGUUUGCUCAUCUGAUCAACUUGGAGUUCUUUGAUGACUUGCUAGCGGUGCUUCAUAAUCUGAUCGUCAGCGGUGAUCUGUCCAAUCGCGAGAGCCUGCACUGUAUCCAGACCGCCUUCCAUAUCCUCUCAGGACAAGGUGAUGUGCUGAAUAUUGACCCGUUGAAAUUCUACACGCACCUGUACAAACUUCUCUUCACACUCAGUGCAGCUCGGUUUACGGAGGAGGCGGGUAUCGUGCUGCAGUGUCUGGAUGUCAUGUUGACUAAGCGUCGUAAGCAGGUGUCUCUGCUGAGGGCUCAGGCCUUUCUCAAGAGGCUCAGCACCCUCAGCCUGCACACACUACCUGACGCCGCCGUGGGCAUACUAGCGGCCAACAGGACCAUCAUGCACGCCUUCCCUAAGAGUGAUAUCAUGCUGGAUAACGAGAUGCAGGGCAGUGGCGUCUACAUGCCCGAACUGGAGGAACCGGAAUACUGCAACCCACAGAACACAUCGCUAUGGGAACUACACACACUCAAGCGCCACUACCACCCUGUGGUGAGGAGGUUUGCAGGUCACCUGAUGAGAGGGGCGCCCAGCGAGGGCAACGGAUCACUCAACGUGGAGCUGAGUCGCAGGUUGCCGGUUGAGCUGUUCGAGGACUACAGCGUGAAAGACAUGACCUUCAACCCCCCAGUAGGGGCGCCGCCCAACAAGAAAAAGGAUCACUUCACAAUCGGCCAUGCCUUCCUAGACUCUAAACUCAAGACUCAGAUCGACCAUGCUCUAGCAACGGAACCUGACUUCGCAACAUUGAAUUUUGCAGAACAUAUAAAAGUUCCCCAGAAUGAACCAGAACCGGAGAUGGAAUCUGGAAAAUCUUUGCCAGAACCAGAGUUAGAAUCUGGAAAAUCUUUGCCAGAACCAGUUUAAGAAAUCUUCUUGUACAGAAUUCUUGGAAUGUUUUUCUUUUUCUAUAAAAGCUAUCAAUAAAAGGCUUGUGUACAGGUUUUACCUAAACCUA